UGUGAAUGCGAGUUUGCGUGUGCAGUGACAACCAAAAUAUAUUGCCAAACAAAACACCGACAACAUGGCCCACUCAAUGCCGCCAGAAAACUUAAAUAGCCAUAUCCUGGCAGUGCUCGGCUUACCAUUGUUAGACAGACUACUGCAGUUGGAGAUUUUAUUCGAGCGCUGUACCGUGCGGCAAAUACAAGAAAUUUACCCGCUCAUCGUUCACUCCAUAUUCGGAAUUAAUGGAAAUGUACUUGGAUGGGGUCUGCGGACGACGACGAUGGAGAAUGCGCCGCAUUAUUUCAACAGACUGCAGCAUUUCUUUGGUGUCAACGGCGUGUGGAUGCACGUUUGCCACAGGCUGUUGAGCGAGACCACAAAAUUCGACAUUGAUAUAAACUUGUUGCCGCGUAAAUUCAUUGGCAUGCUGCAAGCGGGACCCAUGUUUUAUGCGGAUCUGAUCAACAUUGAUCCGCUGAAGCAUCAAGUGAGCACGUUGUCCCUCAACACAUUUGACUUUUACGUAUUCCACUUUGUGCUGUAUGCGUUGCAACCACUGCACACGAUCAAUCCUAUUGCCAUGCAGAUUCACAACGAACGCAGCAAAACAAUCUAUCAGUUACUGGCAGCCGAGUACUUGGAUAACUUUCUGCCGCAGUUUCCGGACGCAGCCAUCGAGCCGGCGAACUUUUGUGGCAGCGUCAAGGCGCCGCAGCAGAUACCCGCACAGUCGUUGCAACCACAGCGUCAGCUGCGUUACCUCAAGCUGCCAAGCUCGUAUCGCAAUGGCAACGGUCAGGGAGGAGUUGUCAGCAACAGUGGCAACACAUCGCCACAGUCCGCUGACGGAAGCGGAGCUGGCGGACGUGCCUAUGUCUGGCGAUCCGAGUCCGUGCUGUACUUUUUUGUGGACAUCUGGUUGCGAUACGACAUUGAGUCGGAGCACCAUCUGCCCAGCAGCGAUUUUGUGCGGGGAGUUCGCACGCUCAUUAAGCAAAUCCAUUUCUUUGCCAAUGCAUCCCGCUUAGAUCACAGUUCGUUGUGUGCUCUGAGAAAGGUAUCGCUUACCAUGGUCAAGGCCCGCAUCUAUGCGUUCCUCUGCAGUCUGAUCGAUCGCUGGCCACUGGACAGUUCCCUGAGCGUUGUGCUGGAGCUCUGGCUAAGCUAUAUACAGCCCUGGCGAUACACGUUGGCUUCCAACAAUAACAGAACUAUAGGCAUUUAUUAUGAGCCACCAAUAGCAAACUCGUUUGACGGCUUCAUCAUUGACAAUCUGAUUGUCUACACACACAUCUUCAUGCAGCUCCUGCCUCGGUUUGAACGUCUGGACUACUCCGUAUACCGCAAUGCAUAUAUGCUGCAUCGACUGGCCAAGACGUUUGCACAGCAGGAUUUGUUUGAUCGUCUGCAGCGUUUUGAGCGUCUGCACUCGGGCAAUGCCUAUGGCUUUGAUUCCCCGCAACGCCAGGUGAACAUGAUGAACAAGUCUCAUAACAGCUCGUACAAUGCCCAAUGGAAUCCCUUGGUCAGUUCUAGUAUACCAAAGCUAUUCAGUGAGCCAAUGCACUCGCAGAUUCAAAGCUUCCUCUAUGUCAUCAGCAUGGCCCGCAAUUCCGUGCUGUCGGACAUAAGUGCGUUGCGAAGGGAAAUCUCAGAACGUCAACGUUCAGAGGGAUACAUGAAAAACUUGUUUAAGAAGCUGUUUGGCGAGUCCACGCAAGAUGAAUUAACGCUGCAGGAACUCAGUCGUAUACCAGAGGUCCUGCGACAGUGUAUAGAUGCAUUCUGUCGAAUAUUUUCUGUUGACGCUGGAAGCUUGUCCAUGCAUGAGACACUCCCUGUGGAGCCGAGUCCUCCGGUAUCACCUUCCGGGCAAAACUUUAGCUUUUUCAAUUCUAACGAUUGCUUGGACACUUCCAAAUUGACGCCGCAUCAAAUGUCGCUGAAUGCCUCAAACAUGCAACCCUCCAUUGAUCCCGCGCUGCUGCCAAUACAAUCGAAUGAGUUUAGGCCACUGAUCAGACUGUUGCACCUCAUAUCCGAGCUGAUUAAUUAUAAGUAUGGCAGCCAAAUUGAAGCAUUUUACGCCCGGCAGGAUUUCUUCGGCAAGUUCUCACGACAACUGUUAAGCGCACCCAUGACAGAACAAUGGUUUGAGAACUGCGGCGGGAAUGUGGACAUACAAGAGAAGCAGCUGCCGGCAAGGCUUACUCUGCGUCCACUGGGCUCCAUUUCCGCACUUUUUAUGAUGACAAUUGCACUGAUCCUUGGAUACUUGUGGUGUGGUGUGGCUCCACUUGGACUGGUUAUUUUGUGUUUGCUGUUCCUGUCUUACUAUAUGCUCAUGGCGGCAUUAUCCUAAGCAGCUAAAUUUAUAUAUUUAUAUAACAAUAACAAUUAAAUGGACAAUUAUGGACACUUGC